CUUUAUUCUUCUCGUCAUCAAUUUGGAAAUUGGAGAAGUUGAAGUCUUGGACUCACUAAGCAAAAAAUCGGAUCUAUACGUGUCUUGUUUUUUAAUGCUCAGAAGCGUAUGGCAAACUUUCAUCAAGGAAGAUACGUCCCGUGAAUGGACACCGAAGCUGCGAUGGCGUGCGAAAAAAUGCCCGCAACAACCUCCGGGGACCGAUCUCUGUGGAUUCUUCGUUUGCGAGUGCAUCCGCAGAAUUGUCAGCGAGAGAACGAAUAAUGAAAGAAAUAAAGAGUUGGCAAGAAAGCGGAACAAGCUCUCAAUCGAUGACCGCUUCAUAGCAAUAGGCGAGGAAUUGGCGGGAUUUUUCCUUCGGGACGUCAUACCACCACUCGCAGAGUACCACUAUGAAUGAAGAUGUACAUGUUACAUAUAUAGUUGACUCGAAGAGUACCACUAUGCUACAUGUAAUAGACAUAUAUAGAGUACGCCUCGGAGAGUACCACUAUGC